UCCGCCAGAAGAGUUCCACCACCAGUAUCGACCAUACCCAAGUUUUGUCAGACUGCCCACCCCUCAUCGGCUGCCGUCCAACCUUCCAACUUUGGCCCAAACGAGCCCUCGCCUCGCCCGACGAAUACACUCGGGCUUGUCGUUCCACCGUGGUGGCUGCUUGCCUACGCUACAAUCAUAAUGGAUGAAGAGCUGCAAAAGCUGCGACAGUUGCUACGAGAGGCCGAGAGCCGACGCGAAGAGGAGCAACGCCGACGCGAAGAGGAGCAACGCCGACGCGAAGUGGCCGAAGAACUUGCAACAGCAUCACAACCGCAGGACCUCCAGCAAUAUCUCGAGGCCUGUCACUCUCUCAACCUUGCUAUUCAGGUCGUAACUGACCAAUCUUUGACUACGCAAGGUGACACUACCAACCCGACCGGCCGAAUUUUCCCUCGACGAAUCAUCCCCUGGGACGACUUCGCAACGAGACAAGGGGAGAUCUGGGACGACCUCUCGAUCAGCGACCUUUUCUCCUCCCUGCCCACCUUCCCAUCUCAACAUCAGUUGGAAUACGUCAGGUCCUUGCUCAAGCCUAUUAGCAGUGAGCUUGGGCUCCGGGACUUUGAGCGUGAUGUCAUCGAAAACGCGGUACAGAAGCUGGUUGAUAGGGCAUACAUGGAUCCGCUGCUGCGAAGCAGUCUCGGCCUCCAGGGAACCGUGACGUUCGAGAGCCAUACGAAUCUCGGUACGACUGACGACGACCCCAUCUCCGAGCCCAUGGAGCACAUGUCUCUUGGCAGGGGCGGUGCCGAUGCCGCAGCGUCGGCGUCGGCGUCUGCCCCGAAGCCACCGGGCGCUCCCAAGGCCCGUCGCAGGGCGAGGGGCAAGGGUAAUCGGGCGGACCAGUUCUGUAUAUACAGGACUUCGGACGGCCAGAAUGUCCCGGCACUCGCUAUCGAAUACAAGGCGCCACACAAGCUGAGCGUCGACGAGGUCGUCACAGGUCUCGAGUCGGAAAUUCGGCCGGAACGUGACGUGAUCAACAACGACGGUCAGGGCUUCGCCUUCACGGCCAGGGCACUUACCGCAGCUGUCGUCACCCAACUCUUCUCGUACAUGAUCGGCAAGGGCAUCCAGUACGGCUACGUGUGCACGGGAGAGGCCUUCGUCUUCCUCCAUAUCCCGGACGAUCCUGCUACCGUUUACUUCUCGGUAUGCGUGCCGAACCUGGACGUUAUGGACGACGACGAGACAAGGCUCCAUCGCACGGCCGCCGCGCAGGUCUUCGCCUUCAUUCUCCAGGCUCUCCGCGCGAGACCGCCGCCCGAGUCAUGGCAUGACGAGGCCGAGAGGCUUGAUACCUGGGCUGUCGAGUACGACGAUAUUCUGAGGAAUAUUCCCGUGACGGAGCGCAAACGCAAGGAACCCCGCGCCUCUCCCUAUAAGCCCCAGCGUUGGAAGGGCUUUAAGCGAUCGCCAAUUCGGACCCGCUCCCGCUGCCAGCAACUGGACGCUAACGUUGGACGCCCAGAGGAUGACGACGAAGAUCCUCCUUCUCCUACUCCGAAUCCAUCUCGCACCGGCGGGAAAGUGGUGCCGUCGACGGGACCGGGCUCGGGGGGUGGUGGGAAACGAGGACGGCGCCAAGGCGAGCAACGGGAGCAAGGCCAAGCGACGAAGCCGAACAUACAAGGCCGGCCAUUCUGCACUCAACAAUGCCUUCUCGGAUUAGCAUUUGGCGGGCCCACGGACGAGAACUGCCCCAACUCGGACCAUCACGGGCAGGGGCACAUCGACCGGCUCGAGUUCCUCCGCCGCAUCAGAGACCAGCUUGCCAUGGACCGCGGCCGCGAUGCGGAUUGUGCGCCACUCCAUCGAUCCGGGGCGCGCGGGUCACUCUUCAAGGUGCGGCUGUCAACCCACGGCUAUACGCUCGUUGCCAAGGGUAUGGAGGGUCUCGACCGUGCCUGCAUGCAGCACGAGAACGAGAUGUACGACCGACUCCGGGCCAUCCAGGGGAAGCACAUCCCCGUCUGUCUCGGCAGCAUAGACUUAAUUCGGCCAUACUAUUACGACAGCGGUGUCUACGUGCACUUCAUGUUUCUCAGCUGGGCUGGGCGGCCCUUGUUUGACUGCGGUGAUCAGACCAACAAGGCGGGCGUCGUCAAAGCGGUCACCACGAUAUUCAAGGCAGUGCACAAACUGCGCGUUCUCCACCGUGACGCGGAGCCACGCAACAUCCUCUGCGAUACAAACAGUGGCAAUCUCAUGGUUGUGGAUUUCGAACGUGCAGAGUUCCGCGGUCGCCAGCCUCUCGGCUCGAUAGGCCGUAGUGGCCUGAAUCGGAAGAGGAAGCGUGGGGCAUCACAGAAACAAGGGAAGGACGAUUUUGCGAGAGAGCUAGAGUCUGCUGUGGAUAACGUUUCAAGUUGUGUUGUGCGCCUACCCAGUCAUGCAGUCGCAGGGUAGGCAGGGGACUUGAUCGCAAGCUGCCUCUCCCAACGCACAAACCAUGGGAACGACAGAAACCAAAGUCUCAUCUCGAAUGAAGCAUUUCGAGAGGCACUGCAGGAUCAAAAGUUUGACCAAUAAGACUUCAUUUUCCAUUCCGGCUCAAUGUCCCCGAGUCCGAUGCGGACCGCAUGGCGAGGAUGUGGUGCCUGAGGAUGGAAUGUCAAGCCAACGACCCACCAGUCUUGCAUGGGGAGACUGCGCGGGGGCGCGAGCAAGCGUCUGGAGGCGGCUCUGCGAGACCUGCGAUCGAGCCUCGAGUGCCGCCUCGGCAUGAGAGUCUGGGUGGACGCCCUGAUCAGCCUCGGCGAGGAUCUCUAGGUCUUGAAGGCAUGGGCCG